AGUGAGCAGCGACAAUACCUUAAGUUGUCAAACAGCCGCAACACGAAACUCCACCACUUGCAAUACUUCUGUCGCUCAUUAGUUUAGUUUGUGAUUUAUUUUCUAAAAAUGAGUGGAAAAAACUCUGUCGAUAGCGGAAACCUUUCUAAAGCGUCUUGUUCUGGUUCUACAACCGAUAAUUCCGACAUAGACGCAUCACUAAGUAAAAAAAGAAAAACAAGUAAAAAAAGAAAAACAAGUAAACAAAACACAGUUUCACCAACACAACAAAAAAAUUUUAAUUUUGAUGCCGCUUCUUCGCAACUCAUGUCGCACUAUCACCAAAUUACAUAUAAUGUUAAAGAUAACAAACAAGCCAUUCAAAAAUUGGGUAGUUUGGACACUAUAAUAGAAUCGCUAAAAGCGUCUCGCGACUCAGUGAUUGAGAAACUAAAGGAUAUUGAAAAACAAUUUCCAAACCCAAAUUACCAAUCUCCAAAAAAAAGAAAACGGUCGCCAAUCGAUAAAAGUGUACCUCAAAACAAUGUAUCAACCGAAGAAAUCAUUGAUGCAUUCAGGCGUGCUUGUAUAAGCAUAAUAGAUCGGUGUAUGGAUAUUGUAAUUCAAUCCGAACCAACAACUUACCAUAUUCAGAGAUUGAAAGAUGUGAAAAGUUUAUAUGAUGGACACGUAUUUUUGUUGACGGCAGCAAUGGGGGUAAUCAAAAAUAUGUUGGCGCCGAAAAAGAUGGAUCAACGGCCUUUAAUCUAUCAAACCUUGAGUAAAAUGAACAAAAUAGCAAAGUAACAAACGGCAUUCUUCUAUCUUUCUCAAUUAAGUUCGAACAUUUAUAUCCUUGUUGAAUAACUUUUGAUAUUUCAUGGUUCAAUAGGUCAAUUGAUUUGAAUUAAAAUGAAUGUUUGUAUGGAAAAUGA